UGGGUAGUGCAGCAGUGAUGGUUCAGUGUAGUGUCACCAACACAACUAGCAAGAUGACGCUCAGCACGGCUCUAGCUACUGUCUUCUUCCUCGUCUCUGUCAAUGCCUUGAGAGAAGAUAGGAUGUUUAAUAGAGAGUUCUACAGAGACCCUGAUAAAGUGCAAUGGCAGGGAGAGGCGCGUGUGAGUAGCCUGCAGGACGCCAUGGACCGACUCUCCUCCUCCCUGGACACGACGCUCGGCAGACUCUCAGACAGGAUCGAGCAACAGGUGGAAUUGUCACUGCCGCUGUGGAUGAGGCCCAGGAACAAGGGAGUGAGCAACGUACCUCCCAUUGGCGUGGAGGCCAUCUCUGGCAACCUGGGUGAUGGUAUUGAUGAUGGUCUCGAGGUUCACUAUGAGGGUGAAGAUGAGGGUCAGCCACUGGAUGGUACCAGGUACGAGAAGACGUCAGGUACACUAGCAACACCUGACGACGUAGACCAGGAUUAUGAUGCUGACUACUCUCCUCUCUUCAGUUUCAACCCCUUCUUUCCCUUCGGUAACAUGGGCAGACGUCCUCAGUUCAACAUCUUCAACGGCAUGAGAGGUCGACGAGUGUGGUGGAAAGGACCCAAUGUGUGUGUGGACAGGGAAGAGAUUGACGAGGGCAAGGAACAAGAUACUGACAAUGCCAACAUCUCUGGCUCUUCAAGCUCCUCUUCUUUCAUCUUCUCCAUGGGUAAUAUGGAGAUGACAUCAUGCAGUGAGAACAGAGACAAGUACACCUGCACCUCCAAGAGCUCGCGCCGUGGCCUUCACAAGACAGUGGUAGUGACACAUCGCUGCUGCCAUGGUUAUGUCAAAGAAGCUUCAGAAUGUGUCAAAGUUGAGUUGCGUGACUUGAAAGAGACAUUGCAGGAGAUUGGAGCAACAGAUUUCCUCUCUCUGACAAAAGCUGUAGGAAUUGAUGAGAUCCUCAAGGAUAACAUCACUCUCUUUGUUCCUACUAAUGAAGCCAUGCAAGAAUAUACUGCUGACUUGGAGGCAGAGAAUGAGUUAGAUAGUGGUCUAGAAGGAGAUCGGUCUUUCAAUGAGGUGUAUUUGCGGCGGCGGCGCUCUGCUGAUACUGAAUCUCUCAUUCUCUCCCAUGUGACUAAGGGCAUUAUUUAUGCAAGUGACCUCCAUGAUGAACAGGUCCUUCACAGUUUGGCUGAGAACUCUACUCUCAGGAUAAACACAUACAGCACCAACCCACCAGCUGCCACUGUCAACUGUGCUAGACUCGUCAGUGUCAACCAGCACUCUACCAAUGGGGUCGUUCAUACCAUAGCCAAAGUACUGGAGCCUGUUACUAAGAGUCUGGCUGAUCUCAUCACCUCUGAUCCUCAGUUCUCUGUCUUGAAACGAUUGGUGAGCCAGGCUGGCCUCCUGACACAGCUGAGAGAACCAGGACAGUUGACAGUGUUUGCUCCCACUGAUGCAGCCUUCAGGACUCUUCCCGAGUCUGUUUUGGAGGCUUUGGUUGAUGGCAGUGCUUGCCUUGAAGCUGUGGUGAAGAAUCAUAUCUUGCCCAAUGUAAUCUGCUCUGCAGCGGUGCAGGGCAAGGCUCGCACUGUCAACUUGCUGGAGAACUACCUCCUUCUGGAGAAGACUGAGGACGACAAGAUUUUUGUGGAGGAUGCUCAGGUUGUUGUUAGAGACAUUGUCGGUACUAAUGGUGUUCUUCACAUAGUUGAUAGCCCACUCAUGCCUCAGGAAGCUAAGCCAGUGAUAGAAGUGCUUGAGGGUCAUAACCUUACGAGGUUCCUAGAUCUCCUUGAAGCAGCUGAAAUGACUGAUGAACUUUCAAGUAUGACGGAUGUUACAGUCUUCGCUCCAAGUAACAGAGCUAUUGAUGAAAUCCCAGAAGAUGUGCUAGAUAAUCUAAAGAAUAAUCCCAGUAAGCUGAGGGACAUUCUUAGGUAUCAUAUGGCCACACCUUCACUUCAGGCUGAUGACAUUGCUAAUGAUCAUAUUGCUACAACUCGCGCUGAACAGCCUCUCAGAAUCAAUCUGUAUUCACGAUCACCAAUUUUGUCUGGUGUAUUGGGAACCAAUGGACGUCGCCAUGUUCGCCUGACAGCUGGGUGUAGUAGAGUGUCUAUUCUGGAUUCCCGGGCUUGUGGUGCAGUGGUUCACAUUGUAGAAAAGAUGCUUAAAAUGCCAAAGACCAGUGUGAUGCAGCAUUUGGAGGAGGAGGACAACUUCUCCAUUUUCACAAAGAUGUUGCAGGAUACUGGACUCAAUGAAACACUAAGUGAAAAGGGACCAUUCACUGUCCUUGCUCCCACUGACCACGUCUUCAAAACUCUUCCUGAAAUGGAACUUGAGCAGAUUCUUGAAGAUGAGGAACUCCAGAAACUCCUUAUCAAGCAACAUGUCCUCAAAGAACAUGUGUGCUGUGCUGGCAUCAACCCGAGCACCUGGUUGUUCAUGGAUCAUAAGAGGCCUGUGGAGGGAACACCAAUUCAUGUUCGUCGUACUAGCUCUGGCCGUCUAAUGGCCGGUUCUGCUCGAAUAACUCAUUGCUCAGCUCCCACAUUGAAUGGGCUGGUUCACACUGUCAAUCACCUUCUUGUUAACGUUCAGCCUCGCCAACAAGGUGGUUCUCAAGACCGCACUAAUAGGCCAAUUUUUUCUGCCCCUGGAUUUGAAAUUUUGUUUGGAUAAUGGGGAAACCAUGUGAUAUUAUAAGUGAUAAUACAUAGGGUGGUGGAAAGCAAUUUGAGAACCUUUAGUUGCAUUAAAGCAUAUAUAGUUUUUAAUAUACAGUACAGUAUACUUGUUUGUAGAUAUAGUACAUAAUGGCAUAUCACUGGUGAGGUGAAAUCUACUUUCUAGUGCAAGUAUAUAUUUAUGAACUCAAGCAAGCACAUACAGUAAAUUCUACAAAGUGAAAGGUAUUGAAAAUUUGUUAAUUUACAUUAUAAAAUUUUCUUUGUGAAUACAAGUGGUGAUUUGCCUUGAAAUUACACAAAUUCUUCAAGUUAGUACGUAUAUGUAAAUUAAACAGUGUAUUCUGAGUUUUAACAUUUAUACAACCAGUUUUUCAGUCUGUAAGUACUGUACACAUGUAUGUGCCUUAGUGAUGAUAUGUAGUUAAUUAUUCAUGCUUAUGCAUGCAAUACACACCUCAAUAACACACAGGCAGUGUAAUCUCUUAGAAUUUCUCAUACAAACAUCAGUACAGUACCAGCAUUAAUACUAUUGUUGAACUGAUAGUAAUACAUGUGAAAUUUCAAAAUAAAGAACACAUAAGUUCUAAUUUUUUCUUCAGUAGACUAAGAAGAGCACUGUCUGGGUUGUUAUAGUUACUUUAUAAUAUGAAGUACACCUUACCUUAGUCAACAUAUUAGCUUAUUUAUUUAUCCGACUAGUAUUUUAUCACGACGCCGCAGGGCUUUUACAAUAAUUCCUGUGUUGUAUAGUUAUAAGUACAUGUUCCGAAGUUUUAUGUAUGGCAUCAUAAUAAAUUUUAACUAC